AUCCAACUUUUAUACCGCGCGCCCGGCACCAGCACCUCGACCACAACUACCCCCCACAGCGCCCCCAUAGAUCGCCAACAUGCCGGUCGGCAUCAUCAAACCGUCCAACCAGAUCAAGCUGACCAACGUGUCGCUGGUGCGCAUGAAGAAGGGCAAGAAGCGCUUCGAAAUCGCAUGCUACAAGAACAAAGUCCUCGAGUGGCGCAACAAGGUCGAAAAGGAUCUUUCCAACGUCCUGCAAAUCGAAAACGUCUUCCUCAACGUCUCCAAGGGCCAAGUCGCCCCCAAGACCGAUCUCGAAAAAGCCUUUCCCAACAAGUCGCUCGAGGAAAUCAUCAUAGAUAUACUCGACCAUGGCGAGCUGCAAGUGGGCGAGAAGGAGCGCAAUGCCGAGCUCGAGAGGACCAAGAAUGAGGUCAUCGACAUCGUGUCCGGAAAGCUGGUGGAUCCCAAGACGAAGCGCGUGUACACGACAGGCAUGAUUGAGAAGGCGCUGGAUCAGCUGAGUUCGGCUGCAGCGUCGCAGCAGAGUGAAAAGGAAAAGGGCGAGGCCAAGGAAGACGGUGACGAAAAGGCAAAGGCGAAGGAGCUACCAAAGUGGACUGGCGUCGUCACCAACAAGUCAGCCAAAUCGCAAGCCCUGUUUGCCAUGAAGGCGCUCAUCGCUCAUCAGCCAAUACCCGUCGCACGCAUGCAGAUGAAGCUGCGCAUUACGUGUCCAACCUCUGUCCUCAAGCAGAGCAUCAAGACUGCGCCAAAGGCCCAAGCGGGUGCCGAAGACAAGGGCACAGUAGGCACCGUCAAGGAUGCCAUACUCGGCCUCAUGGAAAAGGUCGAGAGCCAAGACACCGUAGGCGCAGAAUGGGAAGCAGUGGGCCUCAUCGAGCCCGGUGCGUUCAAGGGUCUUAACGAGCUGAUCGAGGGCCAAACAAAAGGAAGGGGCAACGUCGAAGUGCUCGAAAUGGCGGUUGGUGCUGAUGAUUGAUCGAGCGAGUGGAGACACGUCUUUUCAGUACGCGUCGCGUGUUGCUCUCGCUCUCACGUGCGGGUGUUCCACUGCCAGAAGAGGAAAUAGCCUGCGUAAGGGACGGUGGGCCCUUUCGCGUGGUGCCUCUGGAGUAAAAUGCAUGGACUUAUACGGUCUGCAAGGGCAACAUGGCAAACAUACUCCACCGCUCCUUUUGCUUGCCUCACUCUGCAACAUGGUCAUCCGAGCACAUGCUCCGAACCAUACACAGCUUCCGUGCACGGUUCUGCCGCAGUCGGGCCUUUGCGACACAGCGGCAAGCACCGCGCUGUGUGCACGUGACUCUUUCACAUGCUGUUCUAGCCCUUGCGUAUCGAAAGUUUGUAUGAUGGGAAAGCGAUGGCUUGGAUGACUGAAAUUCAGUCAUUGGUUAUAUCCUCCAUAACAGCGCAAUUCCAAUAUACAUACAAUUGCU